AUUAUUCAUGUGCUUGUAACCCUAAUUUCAUUGAUAUAAAAGCCAUUGUUUCUCACUCUCAGCGUUUUUCUUCGAGCGAAACAAGAAAAUGCAGAUCUUCGUGAAAACCCUAACGGGGAAGACAAUAACCCUAGAGGUUGAAUCAUCAGACACAAUCGACAAUGUGAAAGCGAAGAUUCAAGACAAAGAAGGAAUCCCACCGGAUCAGCAACGGUUAAUCUUCGCCGGAAAACAAUUGGAAGAUGGAAGAACACUCGCUGAUUACAACAUUCAGAAAGAGUCGACGCUUCAUUUGGUGCUUCGUCUGAGAGGAGGUGCGAAGAAGAGGAAGAAGAAGACGUACACGAAACCUAAGAAGAUUAAGCAUAAGCAUAAGAAAGUGAAGCUAGCGGUUUUGCAGUUUUACAAGGUUGAUGGAAGUGGAAAAGUUCAGAGGUUGAGGAAAGAGUGUCCUUCUGUUAGCUGUGGUCCUGGAACUUUCAUGGCGAGUCAUUUUGAUAGACAUUAUUGUGGGAAAUGUGGAACUACUUACGUGUUCAAGAAGGCUGAUGAAGAGUGAUGAUGAUUGGGUUAGGUUAUGUUUUUUUUUUCUAUCUCUUUUUUACUUUGGAAUUUUAAUUCAGAUAUUUUGAGAUGGUUUUGUUCUAUUGAGGGAUGGUUUUUAUUAUUCCAUUAAUACAUUAUAUUAUCUUUGAUUAGAAAUUUGCUCAAUUUUUUUUUGUUUUAUUAUGCUUGGACUGAUGUGGAAAUGGUGAAUUGUGGCUGUAGAAUUAGGAUGUUGUGUUGAACCAAUGAUUUGCUACA